AGCCAUCCCAGAGUCCUGCGGAGCAGGGAGAACGUCGCUUACACUUAUCAACACAAAAAAGGCGGUGAAAGCAGACUGCGGCUUAGAAGAUGGAUAAUUCAAAACACAAAGUAGUUUUUUGAUAAAAGGCAAUGCGAGAGGAUCUUUUCAUCAGUGAAAUAUUCUUAAAUCUGCAGCUGGACUAACGAAUCUUCCCGAUCAUGCUCAGUUUUCUGCGCCGGACUCUGGGCCGGCGGUCCAUACGCAAGCAUGCUGAGAAAACGCGUCUCCGGGAAGCCCAGCGAGCUACAACACACAUCCCUGCUGCUGGAGAUGCCAAGUCCAUCAUCACUUGCCGAGUGUCUUUGUUGGAUGGCACAGAUGUCAGUGUUGACUUGCCGAAAAAAGCCAAAGGUGCAGAGCUGUUUGAUCAGAUCAUGUACCACCUGGAUAUUGUAGAAACAGAUUACUUCGGCCUGCGCUUCAUGGAUUCAGCCCAAGUCCCGCAUUGGCUUGAUGUCACCAAAAGCAUUAAAAAACAAGUCAAAAUUGGACCACCAUAUUGCCUCCAUAUGAGAGUAAAGUUUUAUUCCUCUGAGCCCAACAACCUGCAUGAAGAACUAACACGAUACCUUUUUGUACUACAAUUAAAGCAGGACAUUCUCAGUGGCAAGUUGGAGUGCCCUUUUGACACAGCUGUGGAGUUGGCUGCAUACUCUUUGCAGGCUGAAAUGGGUGAUUUUGACCCUGCCGAGCAUGCACUUGAUCUAGUGUCCGAAUUCCGCUUUAUCCCAAACCAGACAGAAGAAAUGGAAGAAGCUUUCUUUAAUGCCUGGAAGGAGUGCAGAGGCCAGACGCCAGCACAAGCUGAGAUUAACUACCUAAACAAGGCCAAAUGGCUGGAGAUGUAUGGAGUGGACAUGCAUAUGGUCAAGGCACGAGACGGAAAUGAAUACAGCCUGGGUCUGACCCCCACUGGAGUGCUCGUGUUUGAGGGGGAAACUAAAAUUGGCUUAUUUUUCUGGCCUAAGAUCACACGUCUGGACUUCAAGAAGAGCAAACUCACCCUGGUGGUAGUGGAGGAUGAUGAACAGGUAAUGCAGGAGACAGAAGAGGGAAAAGAGCAGGAGCACACGUUUGUUUUCCGCAUGGACCAUCCAAAGGCUUGCAAGCAUCUAUGGAAAUGUGCUGUAGAGCACCAUGCCUUCUUCCGCCUCCGUGGCCCUGUCCAAAAGGGCUCAGCCCGCUCUGGAUUUAUCCGCAUGGGCUCACGUUUCAGAUACAGUGGGAAGACAGAAUAUCAGACCACUAAGGCUAACAAAGCCAGAAGAUCUGCAUCUUUUGAAAGAAGACCAAGUCGCCGUUACUCAAGAAGGACCAUGCAAAACAGAGGUCCUGGCAAAUCCUCAGACAGCCACAAUAAUGGAGUGAACCCAAGCUUAGAAACAAAGCCCACUCAAACAAGGCCUCCUUGGUCUGGUAUGCCUGUUGUCAACAGCCCGCCCUCCGUUCCAAGCCCCAUUGAAAUCGAAACCCUUCCCAGGAGCCCUGGUGCCAGCCACUCGGACAAGAGAAGCUUGCCCUUGGUGACUGACCUCCUGGAGACAUGUGUAGAUGAGGUUCUUCAGGCCUCUGCUCCCAUGGUGACACCAGAAGAGCUGGUGCCCAAUACAGUCACUGAAGAAACUCUUCCUUUGAUCGAGGCUGCAGCUCGGCUCAAGCAACUGGAGAUUGAAAGUACACCAGUCUCUGCUCCAGCCAGAUCUAAUAUCAACCUCAACAUGAACAACCAGGAAGAUGUGAUGAAGCUGAUAGACAAGAGUUUGAAUAGCGUGAGCAACAGUCCGGUUUUGAACCAGCUCAAAGCUCCUGAUGAACUCAAGAGUAACAUCCUUAAGGCUCAGGCAGAGGCAGCGCUCAAGGAUACUAGAGAUGAGCUUGGAUUGACAGCAGACAAGAACUGCAACCUGCAAGAGGCAGCAGCCAGACUGACAGGUCAUAGCGGGCGGAUGGGAAGUACCAGCUCUCUGCCUGUGAGUGGGCGAGCAGAGCGACAGGAGUCCUGGGAUCUACUCAGACAGCCCAGCCUGCCUUGCUCUACCAGCAGCCUUGAAGCAAAGGCGGACGACUUCAUUUCUUCUGUGCCCCCUUUGUCAUCAGAUCCAGUGAAUGAAACCCAGUCAUCCAAGGUAAAAGUUCAAGAUCCUGAGCUGCUGACAGCCUCUCAUGCUGAAAACCUAAUAGACUUCACAGACCCCAUCCCUCUAGUAACUGCACCUAAACCCACAAUAACUCCUCGAUGGAUCAUUCCAGCCUCACCACCUAUACUCUCUGGCACCUUUACUAAUGGCCUCCUUGACUGUACAACAAAGACACCAUCUCACCAUUCAGAGGAGUCUGCUAUUUCUCCACCCAUCCACAUUUCUCAAACUCACAAUGUGAUUGCAACCAGUAUUGUCACUAUCCCAACCAAGGACGACAACCACAAGCCUAAGGGUCUGCUGACCACUGAACUCUGAGAACGACACCUGUCACCAGACCAUCCGUAUUUUUUUCUCUCUCUACUACAUUCCAGUUAGACACAUUCCAGCACCCUUAUAGUACAGGCACGAACAACUGGACCCGGGGAUGCAUCAACUCGAUCUUCAACAACACUGACUUUGAACAGAUGGUGUCCUGACCCUGUAGGUCGUGACAUUUACACUUACAGUUUCAGAAUAGUUUUAAAGGGCUAACAGCAGGCAUGGGGCCAGCCACAUUGCUUUUAUUUCUUUUAUAGCUCUUUUAAGUUCUGAUUCCCAAGUAGCACCAGCAUUUGUAUCUCUGCGAGAUGUUAUCAGAUGUUGCGAUUUUUAAAUGUUUGAUCAUCAUGAAAUAGUGUUUCUCUACCACUUCCUGUCAACUUCCUGUUUAGAUGCUGCCUGAUUGGACAACGGUGAGAAGCUUGUGAAUCCACAGUGCAUCAAUGACUUCGUACAGUACUUUUGGUUUUGUCUUUGCCUUUUUUUUGUGCUCUGCUUUCAUUGUGAUGACACACAGUUGCAUUCAGUAUUAAGUACUGUACUUUAAACUGCACUGUUGUUUAUAUUAUUGUGUAGCAUUGGGGAACAUGCAGUUAUGAAGUCACUGAGCCAAGUGUCUGUCUUCUAUCAGUUCUGUUUUUAUUCAGACUUUGUAGUUAUGGCCUGCCUUAUUUUAGUGAUUCAUUUUAACAUUUAAAUUGUCAUAUAGCUGUGCUAAAUGUAUGCUGUUUAUGAUGAAAAUUUUACAACAUAGAAUUUUAUUUGAAUGUAAUUUGCAUCUACAUCGGGAGUUAUUCACUGGAUGUUUUGUAUAGUAUGUAAUAGCAGCUUUUACAGUAUGUGUUCUUUUACACUGUUUAUUAAUGCUGUUAUGGAUGUUAUGUAAGACACAGGAGCAGCUGAGACCUCUUGUUAACUUCUGGCUUAUACAUUAUGAAAACCGAAAGCUUGGAUAAUGUAGACAUACUAAGGGUUUUCAUUAUAACACAAUGGAUUUAAACAUUACAGUUUAUGCCAGCAGUUACUGGAAAAGAGAGGCCUUUGGACCCUUCCUCCCUCGCAUUUCACAAGCAUUUGCUGCUAUUUAUCACUAUACUAAAGACUGCAUUGGUAUAUUCACUGGAUCAGAAAUCACUGGGAUAAAAUGAAAAUAUCUUAGAUUUCUGUGGAUUAUGUUUGGAGGCCCAACACCAACUUUUAUACAAUCAUGUUUAUGUGAAUGGUUAGACAUCCUGAAAGUUGUUUAAAUGAUCUACACUGGUUUCAACUGAACUGAAUGUCUGAAAGUGCAUCCGUAGCUGGAAUUUUUUGAUAUGCUUAUCACUGUUUUCAUUCUCACUUUUUAGAUUUAUAAAUUUAUGUCAUCUGUAGACGAUACAACAAUCUCUUAUGUAUACUCACUGUAAUCUUUCUGUCAUUUCAUAUGUGAGGCUCUCUAUAAGUAAAAUGUAUUUUAACAAU